CCGGGACUCCUCUUCCCAGAGGUCCCCGCGCGUCGUCCUCCUCGUCCUCCAGCUGCCCGCGUUGGGCUGGAGUCCCCCGGCAGCCGUCGCCAUGCUACCCGCCGCGCUGCUCCGCCGUCCGGGCCUGCGUUCCCUCGCACGCCAGGCCCGCGCCUACGCCGAGGCCGCCGCUGCUCCGGCCCCGGCUGCGGGCCCGGGACAGAUGUCCUUCACCUUCGCCUCGCCGACGCAGGUGUUUUUCAACGGGGCCAACGUCCGGCAGGUGGAUGUCCCCACACAGACAGGAGCCUUUGGCAUCCUUGCGGCCCACGUGCCCACCCUGCAGGUCCUGCGGCCGGGGCUGGUGGUUGUCCAUGCUGAGGACGGCACCACCUCCAAAUACUUUGUGAGCAGCGGCUCGGUCACAGUGAACGCGGAUUCCUCCGUGCAGCUGCUGGCCGAAGAGGCCGUGACGCUGGACAUGCUCGACGUGGGGGCAGCCAAGGUGAACUUGGAGAAGGCACAGUCGGAGCUGUCCGGGGCCGCGGACGAGGCCUCCAGGGCUGAGAUCCAGAUCCGCGUCGAGGCCAACGAGGCCCUGGUGAAGGCUCUCGAGUAGGCAGUGCGUGGCCCGGGCCAGCAGGGAAGCCGAGGCCCAGAACUGGGCAGCGGGUGUCCCGCGCAGGCUGAGCCGGCUGGCGGGGUGGGUUGGGCGGGAAGGGCUGCGAGCCGCCCGCAGGGCUUCUCCUGUGGCCGCAACGCUCUCGCCAGAGAAGGCCGCCAGGGGGCAGCACGGCUCUACACCUGCCAGGCCCCUUCCCCCAACCUCAUGUGUCACCCACCAUCCCCCUGAGCCUGUAGCCCCUGCCAUGGAGACCCGCUCCCAGCCGCCUCUGAGGGAUGGCCAGCCCCCAGCUCGAGCCCCCCGCUCGAGCCCCCCAUUAAAAGCCAGGGACCCGA